UCGCGUUUUGGAAGAAAGGGUUGUUGAUUGAACUUUAUAGUGUUUUCCAUUCAAACACUGAAAUGAAAAUACAAGCAAGAAGAAGAUGGGAAGAGGAAUGGAAAAUCUGAUUGGGAUCACCAUUUUGCUGCUUCUACUCAUUGUAAUCCCAUUCCCAUCAUCCUCAUCGGCAAUCUCUUCUUCUGGUAAUAGCAGUAAGAGAGAAGUGAUUGAGGUGGGGGGUGGUCCAGAUGAUCUGGUGUGGGUGGUGCAGCUCUCUGAUCUUCAUUUCAGCGUGCAUCAUCCUGAGAGGGCCCGGGAAUUUCAGGAGAUUGUGGGUUUCGCUCUCUCCUUCAUCAAGCCUUCUUUAGUCUUACUCACCGGUGAUCUCACUGAUGGUAAAAGCAAGGACUUAUUGAUAAUGAAACAAGAUGAAGACGAGUGGAUCGAAUACCAGAAGGUCAUGCAGGAUGUUGUUCUGAGGAGUGGACUUGACAGGAGCACCUUUUAUGAUGUUCGAGGAAAUCAUGAUAACUUUGGUGUUCCUGUAGUUGGUGGGUCCUUUGAUUUUUAUUCAAAGUACAGCAUCAAUGGGCAGCUAAAAAGAACUGGAAAGGUUAAUAGCGUGACCAUUCAGACCAGCAAAAGGAAACUUCUUUUUGUUGGGUUCGACAGCACAAUGUCUUCUGGGUUCCGUGGCCCAACCAACCUGUUUGGACAUCCAACUGAUGAACUGCUAGCAGAAAUAAAUUCUGAGCUCUCUCAAUGGGAUUCUCAACCGACUCAAUUAGUCACCAAGGUUUCCUUUGGGCAUUUUCCCCUUUCAUUUUCUGCAGCCUCAAAGUCUGGAAAGACCCUGCAGGAUAUAUUCAUCAAACACUCUUUAAAUGCUUACUUAUGUGGGCAUUUGCACACAAAAUUUGGAAAGAAUUUAAAGCGGCACCAUCACUCCAGUCAUCAUGCUUCAUAUUCCAAACAAUUAUUCCAGCUGAAUGGUCAUCGGACACCUUCAGUCAAUGCCUCUAGUUGUUCCAAGGCUGCAACAAGUAUUGGUGAGUUCUGGGAAUGGGAAAUGGGUGAUUGGAGGAAGAGUAGAGCCAUGCGUAUUUUGGCUAUUGAUGGGGGUCAUAUUUCAUUUAUAGAUAUCAACUUCAAGUUAGGAGCUAAGGAAACUAUUAUAUUGCCAACGUUUCCUUUAGACUCUCGCUUUACCUCAGCAUCAUCACAAAACUAUAAAUGUGGUUCAACUGACCCUUCUUCUUACGAGUUCAUUAGAGCUCUUGUUUUCUCCGCUUCUCCAAUUGCGUCAGUUUUGGCUAAGAUAUACGACUCCAGCCCUGGAAAUCUCAUUCUUGUGUUGGAGACACAAAUGAAAAAGCUUGCAGGAUCCCAUGGUAACCUCUAUGUUGCUCCAUGGAAUAUUCAAGCUUUUGAGGAUCCAUCUCCUGACAGAUUCCUACUUCAAAUAGAGGUAUCUGAUAUUAUGGGCAGAUCAACUGCUUCUGAACAUAGGCCAUUCUCAGUAAGUGGUAUCCCUGCCAAGGUCCCGUGGGGUUGGAAAGAAUUUUUUGUGAUGGGUUGUCAAUGGGAUUCGUUGUACUACCCAAUACUCUGGUGUUUUUAUCUUUUAGUCCUUUUCAUUCUUCUAAUACCAAAAGCACUCCUUUCUUUUUCAAGGAGGCAGUAUACAUAUAAAAAUUUUAAAGCCGACAAAAGCCUCGUCAAUGGACUUUCUUGGAUAUUUACAGAACUAUAUAAUGUUCCAGUAGCAUGGUGCUGUGUGGUAGCUUACUUGUUUUACCUUGUGUUAUGCCCUUGGUUUUAUGGCCAAGUUUUUACAGAAGGGAGAGAACGAGCAUACAUGACUUACAGAGGUUGGGUGUCGAGUUUUAAUAAUUUGGGAAGGCUAGAAUUUCUUGGAUCUGCGGACAUAAUGGUGGUGGUUCUUCCACAUCUUUUUUUUGUGGUUUUGCCUGCAAUAAUGACAAUUACAGUUUUGGCUGCUGAAAAUGGAAUGUAUCGUGAUUAUCUUCUUUCUCUUUCAAGUAAGAAGAAAGAUGAUUAUGAUGGUCAAAAUAAGGAAUCUGCAUUGCCUGAUAGUUCCAUCAGUAGAACGUCACAAAUUAUUUUGUGUGGGCGCUGGCUAAGGAAAUUGCUCCUGGUGGUCUCUUUGGCUAUCUCCUGGAAACAUUAACUGUGUAGCUCUUAUGAAAGCAUACGAGAUGAAUCCGAUCAUUCACUUCCCUUUCUACAGCUUUGCAAUUCCUCUAGUGUUGGCUUAUACUAUCUGGAAAACCGGGAAAAACUUUAAGAAGUAGGCCUUUUUCUCCCUCUUGGAGCUGCUGUCAAUGGAAUAUUAUAUUUUGGGUGGACUCCAUUCUGGAUACACAGAUGAGGAUUUGUCACUUUAGAACCAUUUAUCUGUCAGCUUUUGCUAACAUGUACUUCAAGAGAACCGGUAGGACAGCGCAUUCUGUGUCGCUCUAAAAGGAACCAUUCUUGGUCAUUUCACUUUGGAAAUAAUAGUGCUUGUAGGUGAAUCAGCAAUAGGGGUUUUUCAUCUUCAAUGCAUCUGGAAAAGUUAAAUACUUUCUUGUACAUGUACAGCAGUACUUCAUUCAUCCUGGAUCUCCACAACCCUGUAGGUGACAUAAAUUGCUUCUGCAUGAGCAUAUACAUUUGUCCUAUUGAGGAGCUGCAUCUUGUAUUUCACUUCAUGCAUACACGUUAUGUGUAAAAGUUUCUUAUAACGUGCAAUAUCAUUUUAUAAGAUUUGAAUUAAA